ACCCAGUAGUGGGGCACAUGUUUAACCCAAAAAUUAUAGCGGGGCACGUCGCAGCCGUCUUCACCGCAACAAACAAACAAACGGCCACAACCCCACAAUGCGCAACCUACUGAAAACAUACCAGCGCACCGUCGCCGUUGAAGCCACCAUCUUCCCCGAUGCGCCUAUUACUGCGUCCACGUGGGAUGUUUCCACCGACAGUUUAAUAUGCGCGUUUGGGCCGUCGGAGGGGGAGGGACUGGUAGAGCUCAUGAGGGCUACGGCAAAUGGAGAUUUUACGCCAAUAACCUCAUGGGAGGCCACGGUAAUACCGGACGACGACGAGGCCACGAAUAAUCGCAUCGUCAGCUUGUUCUACCUCCCGGAUACAUCCUCUACAUGCGUCAUCUUCUCAGGCGGAGAUAUAGUGCUUGUGCGCGAACAGGACAUAGGUGUGGAGGUUGAGAUUGUUGGGUCCAUCGAGAGCGGGAUCUCGGCCACCGCAUGGUCACCCGACGAAGAGGUGCUGGCCAUUGCGACAAAGACCAAGACACUACUGUUGAUGACGAGGGAGUUCGAGCCGAUCGAGGAAGUGGCAUUUUCAGUCGAGGACUUCAAAGCGUCGAGACAUGUGAGCGUCGGCUGGGGAAAAGCAGAAACACAGUUCCAGGGGAAACAUGCGAAGGCGCAAGGCCUAAGGGAUCCUACAGUGCCGGAGAAGGUGGAUUCGGGAGUGCUUAGUCCGCGGGACGACGCGCAGACUGUGAUCACUUGGAGGGGUGAUGGUGCAUACCUGGCUGUGUCUACGAUCGAGGACCAGGAACGACGAAUGGUCCGUGUGUACAGUCGUGAAGGACAGUUGGACAGUGUUAGCGAGCCAGUAGAUGGACUAGAAUCACCGCUGAGCUGGCGGCCAGUCGGCAACCUGAUCGCCGGUAUUCAGCGGAAGCCCAGCGGGGUGGAUGUUGUUUUCUUUGAACGGAAUGGUCUUCGUCAUGGAGAGUUUACUCUCAAGACAGGAGAGAAGACGCCAUCGACUGAGCUCAAGGUCAAUUCGAUGCUCUGGAACGGAGAUUCCUCAGUGCUGGCAGUUGGCCUCGCCGAUAGAGUCCAGCUGUGGAGCACGGGAAAUUAUCACUGGUAUCUAAAGCAGGAGCUCAUGGUCCCCUCUUCAUCGUCUUCCUCUACAGAAAUUAAAUAUGGUUUCCAAUGGCACCCCGAGAAACCCUUGCAAUUUGUCCUUACUUCGGCCAAAAUGGUCAAAUUCAACUCGUUUGUAUGGAACACUGCCUCAGGGUCGUUGGUCGCGCCCAAUGAUUACGGCAUUGUUGGUGUGGUGGACGGAGACAAGCUUAAACUGACGCCGAUUCGAAUCGCCAAUAUUCCACCACCGAUGUCAUUCUGUGAUGCGGGACUGGACGCCACAGCUGUUGACGUGGCAAUAAGCCCAAGCGGCACCCGUAUUGCAGUCCUGCAGCACACUAGUGUGGAUCUCAUCGAUUGGGGGUUCAAGCCAGCGAAGGAUCCUGAAGUCACUCGAAAUCUCUUCACAUUUUCAAGCAGCGAAAGCUUUCGCCAGGUCUGUUUCCUCGAUGAGGAGACAAUCUGCCUGCUGGGAGAGGAUGCAGGUGAUGCAAAUAUAUUGCGCCGAGUAACGCUUAGCAAUCCAGUAGACGCUGAGAAUCUCCACUUUUUCACCAUCGACUCGUCAGUGUGCAACAUCAAGGCUGCUGGAGAACUUGGAGGGGUGUUGCGUCAGAGCCAGACUGGAAUUGUGACUCGAUACAAUUUCGAGGACAGAACGAAUUAUCCGGUCUGCGCGCUCCCCGCAAAAUGUCCGUGGAUGGAAGCCGUCACUCUAGAGGGCCAGAUUAUCGUGUUUGGUCUUUCGGAGGCUGGACGUCUUUACGCCAAUGAACGACUGCUGGCUUCGUCGUGCACAUCGUUUGCCGUUACAGAUUCGCACUUGAUAUUCACGACCAGUCAGCAUGUAAUCAAAUUCAUUCACUUGGCAUCCAGCAUCCACGAUCUCGAAGUGCCCUCCGAUGAAGCCAACGGUGACGAGCGCUGCCGAAACAUCGAGCGUGGCUCGCGCAUAGUCAGCGUGAUGCCCUCUACUUUCUCGCUAGUCCUGCAGAUGCCUCGUGGAAAUCUCGAAGCCAUCUACCCUCGGGCCCUCGUGCUGGCAGGAAUACGCAGAAGCAUUGAAGCUCGUAAUUAUAAGAAAGCGUUCCUUGCGUGUCGAAAUAACCGUGUAGACCUUAACUUACUGCAUGAUUACGCGCCCGCGCAGUUUCUGGAGUGCAUUGAGCUGUUUGUCACACAGUUGAAGAAGAUUGAAUAUAUCGAUCUGGUACUUUCGCAAUUACGGGAAGAAGAUGUGACGAAGACUAUGUACAGGGAGACACUGCCCUCCGUCACAUCCCUCUUGCCGGAAACAAAACCUUCUGCUACUGGAGUUACUAACAAAGUCAAUACCAUCUGUAAUGCCUUCAUCGACGUCCUGCGGAAAAAGUAUCUCUCUAAACACAUGCAAAACAUCAUCACUGCAUAUGUAUGCAAGACUCCGCCAGACCACGAGUCGGCGCUGAGCUUGAUUACAUCGCUCAAGGGGAAGGAGUUGUACGAACAAGCGAUUACACAUAUAUGUUUCCUGUCCGAUGUUAAUAAGCUGUAUGAUACUGCUCUGGGAAUAUAUGAUCUGGAAGUAGCGAUCAUGAUUGCACAACAGGCACAGAAGGACCCACGAGAGUACCUUCCGUUCCUACAAAGCCUCCAGGAAAUGUCCGAGCUCCGACGUCGCUUCACGAUCGAUGAUAAGCUUGGCCGGUACUCGAAAGCGCUACAAAGUUUAUUCGACAUGGGCGGCGAUAGCUUCGAGGAGACUCGAAGGUACGCUAUUCGGAAGGAACUGUAUACCGAAGCCCUCCAGCUGUACAAAUACGAGCCGGAACAUAUGAAAGCUGUCAUGCGCGACUAUGCCGAUUUCUUACAUGCUAUGAGUCGGUUCAAGGAGGCAGGAUUUGCAUACGAGUACCUGGACGAGACAGCCCUGGCAAUAGAAAGCUACCAAAACGCCGGACAAUGGGAAGAAUGUCUCUUCAUCGCGACGCGGGCCCAAGUGUCCGACCUCCCCUCUCUCGCCGCCUCCCUGGCCGAAUCCCUGGCCGAACAAAAACUCCACCGCGAAGCAGCAACAAUCUACCUCUCGUAUCUGUCCGACGUGCCCUCGGCGGCCGCCGCCCUGUGCGCCGGCACCCACUACUCAGAGGCCAUGCGGACCGUGAUGCUGCACAAGCAACCCACACUCCUAAGCACCAUCAUCGACCCCGCGCUCACAGACGCCUUCGCCUCGUCAUCCAGCCUGUUCGCCGAGUGCCGCGGGCAACUCAAGGCACAAACCGCGCGGAUCGCCGAGCUCCGCGAAAAAGCCAGCAUCGACCCGCUCGCCUAUCUCGACGCCAUCACGGAGGCCGACGCACCCGACAAUGUCUCUCUCGCGCCGACCAACGCCAGCACGUCGGGCGCCUCGCUGUUUACCCGCUACACCGGUGCCUCCCUCGGAACCGCACAGACGGGCGAGACAAGGAAGACCUCCAAGAACCGCCGGAAAGACGAGCGGAAGCGCGCCCGCGGCAAGAAGGGCAGUGUCUACGAAGAGGAGUAUCUGGUCAACUCCGUGCGUCGCCUUGUAGAGCGGGUCGAUAGUGUUAGGGAGGAGAUGGCGGGGCUGGUCGAGGCGAUGUUUAGACGAGGCAUGAGGGAGAGUGCCGGUGCUCUGCAGCAGGCGGUGGUGGAGUUGCUGGCAAUGCUAAAGGAGGCGGUGCCGACGGUUUUUGUGCCGCAUUUGAUGGAGGGUGGGCAGGUGGUGGAGGUAGAGGUGCCUGUGGUUAGGGAGUAUGAGGGGCUUUCUUUGGUGUAGGGUCUCAACUCUGUUGUAAAAGUAUCUGUAUCAUUCGAUAGAUAGACGAUGCGGAGACACCCGUGGAACCGGCAAUAAAAAAAGUUUACAAGAAAGA